CCCAAGUAUUGGCUAUAAAUGAACACCAUCUCUGUGCUAGACACACGACACAACACACACCAGCCAUGGCUAGAAUCUUUUCUCUCCUUUUGAUCUCUUGUAUUUUGGUUGCUUCUUGCUUUGCUGCCAUUGAAGCACAAAAGAGACCUCCUAUAGUGAAUGGUCUCUCAUGGAAUUUCUACAAAACUAGUUGCCCUAAAGUUGAAUCCAUCAUAAAAAAUGAACUCAAGAAAGUUUUCAAGAAGGAUAUUGGUCAAGCUGCUGGCGUUCUUCGUAUACAGUUCCACGACUGCUUCGUUCAGGGAUGCGAUGGCUCGGUGCUGCUUGAUGGAUCAGCAGGCGGACCAAGCGAGAAAUCUGAACUUCCGAACUUGACUUUGAGAAAAGAGGCAUUUAAAAUCAUCAACGACCUCCGCGAUGCUGUCCACAAGCAGUGUGGCCGUGUCGUUUCUUGCUCUGACAUCGUCGCCAUCGCCGCCCGUGACUCCGUUGUCUUGACCGGCGGUCCUGACUACGAUGUCCCCUUAGGAAGGCGAGACGGUGUCGUAUUUGCUCAAGUAAACCAAACUUUUAUCGACCUGGUAGGACCUGAUGCUAACACUACUACCAUCCUCACCAAGCUUGCCCGGAAAAAUCUUGACGCCACCGAUGCGGUGGCCCUCUCAGGCGCCCACACCAUCGGCAUUGGCCACUGCACAUCUUUCACUGACCGUCUUUAUCCAACCCAAGAUCCUACCUUGGACAAAACAUUUGCCAACAAUCUCAAGCGAACUUGUCCAAAAGUAGACACCACCAACACAACUUUCUUGGAUCUUAGGUCUCCUAACAAAUUUGACAAUAAAUACUUCGUUGAUCUCAUGAACCGUCAAGGUCUUUUUACCUCGGACCAAGAUUUGUACGAGGAUAGGAGAACAAGGGGCAUUGUCACUAGCUUUGCUGUUAAUGAAUCAUUGUUCUUUGAGAAAUUUGUGCUUUCCAUGAUCAAGAUGGGGCAACUGAACGUGUUGACAGGGAAACAAGGAGAAAUUCGUGCCAAUUGCUCUGCUAGGAAUUCUAACAAAGAGUAUUUGGCGUCCGUCGCAGAAGAGGAGAACAUGGGAUCAUCUGCUGAAAUGAGAUAAAGAAGUGCAUUACUGUAACGGGUAGCUGUUUUUUUUUUUGGUGCCGUGACUUGUUUUUGUACCAAACAUGUUGUCUUCUUGUUAGUAAACCUGCUGUCUCUGUAACAAUAAAGUAUUGAAUGACUAAUUAAUAAUAUUGGAGACCAAGAGCCAUCGAUCUUAUUUUA